AAAACGCAGUGAAAUUUUCAACACCGAUUAGUUUACGAAGAAUACACCUGUAGAUAGGAUCGUUUCAGUACCUUUAGUUAAAAGUCUUAGAAAAAUGAACGCAAAACUUGUCAUAGCCGGCGUGCUGCUUGCGUUUGUUUGUGUACAAUUUGCCGAUUCUUUGGUUUGCUAUACUUGCACCACUCCCAAGGACUGCAAGAGUCCCAAGAAAGUCACCUGCACCAAUAACGCUGCCAAUGAGACCUCCAAUUAUUUGAACGUCUACCACCAGGGAGUGCGAAAUGCGACAAGCACGAGGUUUGACUGUUUGGCUCUUAAGUAUACCUGGAACAACGAUGUGAUCCAUCAGCUUCAUGGCUGCGUACAUCCAGCAGUUGGAGCCUGCAGUUUGUCUCUAAAACCGGCCUAUUCUCACUUCAAUAAGACUCGAUGUGUUCUCUGCUCCGGCAAUAAGUGUAACAAGAAUCCGGCUGGAAAAGUAAGCAGCAGCAGCAUAACCAUAGCAGCUAGUAUUGUGGGCAUAGUAUUGGCUAAGAUCUAUGCAUAGAAUAUAUUAUAAGCUUAGGAAAUAAACCGAAAAAAUACUUUUUUUUUUAUAAAUUAUA